AUGUCUGAUCACAAGCACAUCAGAUUCACAAUUGAGGCUGCAACAGACUCAAACCCCAUACUCUACAGAAACCCAAAGGCUACAGAUUGGCCUAAAUACAGAGACAGUCUUACAAGCCUAAUUGCGGACCUUCCGAAGAGUAUCAAAUCUCCUCUAGAACUAGAACUCGCUGUGGACAUACUUCUAAGUGACAUAAUAAGUGCCUACCAGAACAACUGUCCCAUCAAAACCAAAACCGCCAAAUGUAAAACACCCUGGUGGAAUAAGAGUCUAGAAAAGCUGAGGAAGAAAACUCGCAAAUUAUCCAACAGGGCUAAAAAGGGACCUUUCGAAUGGGCCCAAUAUAGUAAAGCCCAAACGGAAUACUACUGCGAAAUUAGGAAAGCCAAAAGAGCAUCAUGGCGUGCUUUCUGCGAGGAGAUAACUCAGACUCCCCAAGGAUCCAGAUUACACAAAAUGCUUGCCAAGGCGCCAAAUAACCAAAUUGGACUUAUGAAAAGGCCCAAUGGUACCUAUACGACAUCAGAGGAAGAAACUCUACAGCUGCUAUCUACAACCCACUUCCCUGGUUCGGUUCAUAUCUCAAGAGAUAAGGAGAAUCCUCCAAGCUCACAUCUACAAAAGCCCAACCAUGAGGCGUGGAACAGAGCUGCGAGGAUUUUUCGACCAAAACAAAUUAUAUGGGCUAUAAAAUCUUUCAAGCCAUAUAAAUCAUCGGGAGAAGAUGGAAUUUUCCCGGCCCUGUUACAACAAGGGCUUGACAUCCUAUCUCCCUAUCUGGUAAGAAUAUUUAGAGCCAGCUUUGCCUGGGGUUUUAUACCAGAACCAUUAACGAAGGUCAAAGUUACCUACGUACCGAAAACCGGUCGAAGAGACUACUCGCAGCCUAGUCUCACAGACCUAUAA